AUGGCAUAUGCAGCUAAGCUAUGGUUUUUAUUACUACUGACAUUGUUUCAUCCAUGGUGUAACAGCUUAGUUGAUGCUGGAACUUUAUGCCAGCAAGUUCCUUGUUACUUUGUCUUCGGAGACUCCUUGGCUGACAAUGGCAAUAACAAUGGGCUUAAAACUCAGGCAAAAGUGAAUUACCCGCCUUAUGGCGUCGAUUUCAAAGAUGGUCCAACCGGAAGAUUUACUAAUGGCCGAAAUUUUGCUGAUAUAAUUGGUGAACUGCUAGGUCUACGUGAUUUCAUUCCUCCAUUCGCAGCAUCAGAAGGCAGGAACAUAAUGGAUGGAGUUAAUUAUGCAUCUGGUGGAUGUGGCAUUCUUCCUGAAACUGGUCGACAUCAGGGUGAGGUGAUCAGUUUCGACCAACAGCUAAUUAACCACAAUAGAACUAUUUCUCGUGUCACCGCGGCACUCAGUGGAGAUAAGAAGAAAACAGCAGAUCAUUUGAAUAAAUGCAUUUAUAUAGCCGGAUUCGGGAGCAACGAUUACAUCAACAACUACUUAAUGCCAAAUUUAUACCCAAACAGCAAAAUACCACCUGACCAGUAUGCACAAAAGUUGAUUAACAAGUAUACUCAGCAGUUAUCAACUCUAUACAAUUAUGGAGCAAGGAAGAUUGCAAUCUUCGGACUUGGACCUAUAGGUUGCAUUCCUCAAGAGGCUUUAUCGAGUAGGCCGAAUCUGCUUGGAUGUGUAGAAAAUACAAAUAAAGCAGUCCAGCAGUUCAACAACAGACUCAAACCACUUGUUGAUGACCUGAACGCUAAGCACCCCGGUGCACAUUUUACCUACAUUAACGUCUCCAACUUUGCACCUAGGAUUGAAGGGGGGCUAAUUGAGGCGUGUUUUAUAUCAGGUGUUCUUAAUAAACCCUGUUGUAAGAUAUCCGAAGGUGCUGGCGCGGGACAAUGUGUUCCAAACAGCGCUCCGUGCCCUUUCAGAUCUUUUAAACCGUUCUUCGAUGGUUUUCAUCCUACAGAGACCGGGCAUAUAUUGCUUGCGGGAAGAGCCUACGUGUCUGCAUCACCAGCGGAUGCCUACCCUUAUGAUAUCCGGCACUUGGCUAGUGCUUAG